GUAGCGGGCGGGCGGGCGGGCGCCAUGGAGGAGUGGCGGCAGUGCGGGCGCUGGCUGAUCGACUGCAAGGUGCUGCCGGGCAACCACCGCGUGGUGUGGCCGUCGGCCGUGGUCUUCGAGCUGGCCCAGGCGCUGCGCGACGGCGUCCUCCUCUGCCAGCUGCUGCACCACCUGGCGCCCGGCUCCGUCGACCUCAAGGACAUCAACUUCAGGCCGCAGAUGUCCCAGUUUCUGUGUCUGAAGAAUAUCCGGACUUUCCUCAAGGUCUGCCAUGACAAAUUCGGCCUCAGGAACAGUGAGCUCUUUGAUCCCUUUGACCUCUUUGAUGUGCGAGAUUUUGGAAAGGUAAUAUCAGCAGUCUCCAGACUUUCUCAUCACAGCAUCGCACAAAACAAAGGAAUCCGGCCAUUCCCUUCAGAGGAGACCACCGAGAAUGCUGAUGAUGUCUAUCGGAGUCUGGAGGAACUGGCCGAUGAGCAUGACUUGGGGGAAGACAUUUACGACUGUGUCCCGUGUGAAGAUGAAGGCGAUGACAUCUACGAAGAUAUCAUUAAAGUGGAGGUCCAGCAGCCCAUGAAAAUGGGCAUGACAGAAGAUGACAAAAGGAACUGCUGUUUGUUAGAAAUCCAGGAGACGGAGGCCAAGUACUACAAGACCCUCGAAGACAUAGAAAAGAACUAUAUGACUCCAUUAAGGUUGGUACUCACUCCGCAAGACAUGGAGGCAAUAUUUAUCAAUUUGGAGGACCUCAUUAAAGUCCACUUCAGCUUCCUGAGAGCCAUAGACAUUUCCAUGAUGUCUGGCGGGUGUACCUUGGCCAAAGUGUUUCUAGAAUUCAAAGAAAGGCUUUUGAUCUACGGCGAGUACUGCAGCCGCAUGGAAAACGCACAGACCACGCUGAAUCAACUCAUGGCCAACCGUGAGGAUGUUCGGCAGAAAGUCGAGGAAUGCACCUUAAAAGUCCAGGACGGGAAGUUCAAGCUGCAGGACCUGUUGGUGGUGCCAAUGCAACGAGUCUUGAAAUAUCACCUCCUCUUAAAAGAGCUGCUCAGCCACUCAUCCGAUCGGCCAGAAAAACAGCAGCUCAAGGAGGCCUUGGAAGCCAUGCAGGACUUGGCCAUGUACAUAAAUGAAGUCAAGCGAGACAAAGAGACACUGAAGAAAAUAAGUGAAUUUCAGAGUUCCAUAGAGAACUUGCCCAUGAAACUAGAAGAAUAUGGAAGGCCAAAGAUUGACGGGGAGCUGAAAGUGCGGUCAAUAGUAAACCACACAAAGCAAGACAGGUAUUUAUUUUUGUUUGAUAAAGUGGUGAUUGUUUGCAAGAGGAAAGGCUACAGCUACGAGCAGAAGGACAUAAUUGAGUUGCUCUCAUAUAAGAUGACAGACGACCCCACAAACAACAAGGACAUCAAGAAGUGGUCGUACGGGUUCUACCUAACUCACCUCCAAGGCAAGCAGGGCUUCCAGUUUUUCUGCAAGACAGAAGAGAUGAAGAGGAAGUGGAUGGAGCAGUUUCAGAUGGCCAUGUCCAACAUUAAGCCUGAGAAGGCCACCGCAAACAACCACCACUUCCAGAUGUUCACGUUUGAGAAGGCCACUAACUGCAAGGCAUGCAAGAUGUUCUUAAGAGGGACCUUCUACCAGGGGUACCAGUGUGUGAAGUGCAAAGCUGGCGCUCACAAAGAAUGCUUGGAGGUGAUCCCACCUUGCAAAAUCAGUUCUCCUGCAGACCAGGUGUUAAUUUCCCCUUUUGAUGUAGGUCCCAAAAUGGUGGCAGUUCAGAAUUACCACGGCAACCCAGCUCCGCCAGGGAAACCAGUGUUAACAUUUCAAACUGGAGAAGUAAUAGAGCUGCUCAGGGGGGACCCGGAGUCCCAGUGGUGGGAGGGGAGACUAAUCCUGUCAAAGAAGUCUGGCUAUUUUCCCAGCACAUCAGUGAAACCCUGCCCAGUGGAUGCGAGGCCGCCCAAUAGCCGGCCUCUGUCGCGAGAGAUGGACUACUCGGCAUACCCAUGGUUUGCAGGCAACAUGGAGAGGCAGCAGACAGACAACCUACUGAAGCUUCACGUCAGUGGGACGUACCUGAUUCGGGAGAGGCCAGCAGAGGCGGAGCGCUUUGCCAUCAGCAUUAAGUUCAAUGAUGAAGUGAAGCAUAUUAAAGUGGUUGAGAAGGACAACUGGAUCCACAUCACGGAAGCAAAGAAAUUUGAAAGCCUCUUGGAACUCGUGGAAUACUAUCAAACCCAUUCAUUGAAGGAGAGCUUCAAACAGCUGGACACAACGCUGAAGUAUCCGUACAAGUCUCGGGAACGCUCCACCUCUAGAACUUUAACUCGAUCACCAGUGUUCACACCGCGAGCCAUAGGGACAGCCGUCGCGAGGUACAACUUUGCUGCCCGGGACAUGCGGGAGCUCUCGUUGCGAGAAGGGGACGUUGUGAAGAUCUACAGCCGGAUUGGAGGGGACCAGGGCUGGUGGAAGGGAGAGACCAACGGAAGGAUUGGCUGGUUUCCUUCAACCUACGUGGAGGAGGAGGGCAUACAGUGACAAUGACAGCUGGACCUCUGGACACCGUCAGCCCAGGAAGAGACUCUGCCAGCUGCACAGAUCGGUUCGGUGCCGGCUGCAUGCUCAGCCUUGAGAGCAGAGAUGCAAGGCCCUUGGGGCCCCUUCUCAGUCGCUCUUUCGUGAAAGUGUGGUGUGAGAGAGAGAGAGAGAGAGAGAGAGUGCUGAAAGUGGGAAAGGGGUUGGGAAAAGUUUGGCAGCUUCUGAUUGGCAGCUACAACUGUACAUAAAAUUUUCCACAUCAUCUCGGCUGGCCCGUUGGGCUUGGUGGCUCUGCAGGGCUCCUGUGGAAGUCCAGGACGGCGUGAUCGACGGUGGCAUUUCUCAGUCCUGGGGAAGGGGAGGGGUGUGAUUUAGAGGGGAAGACAUUCCAAUUUUUACUGCUGCCCGGAGCAGAGGGACUUUUGCAUUGCAGUAACAGCACUGUGGCACUCAGCAGAAGUCUCGCCUGCUACACUGUCUGGCAAACACCAGCCUUGAUGGGGGGGCACAUCUGGGCCACUUUUGAACAAUUGGCUCAGUUUUCCAGAGGCAGGAAGGCCAGCCACUGAAGGACCCUCUCCCUCAGCCCCAAGCCAUGGUGCCUGUCCAAGUGAACCUCUGCAGUUCAAGAUCCAAGGCAGGGCCAGUUAUGUAGCUUCUUCUCGCUCAAGCGCCCACCCUCCCCAUCAGCAAAUAAAGAGAAGCCACAACAUUGGCCCUUCAAACUCCCCUCCUUCUGUGCAUGUUAUGGGAUGGCUUGGGAAGGAAUUUCUUCCACAACAUUCCUGGUAACUUCCACAACAUUCCAUGACUGUAGACUACAGGGGCGGGUACUUAGCAGAUCUUCUCUGCUGACCAAUUGUGGAGGUGGCCUCAUUUUGGAUGGUUUGUCUUCCACAGUUUACCUGGAAUUCUGCCUGUCUCAUGUUUCUUUGUUUAAGACAUGUCCCUUUGGAGAAAUGAUUCUCAUCCAUCUGUUCAUGCAGUGGGCAGAGCUUGGCAAAGGAUGGCAGUUCUGUCAGAACAGAACAAAAUGGUCCCUGAGCUGAGUGGCCCCUGGCUAGUGGGGACCACAGGCAUAGCCUCCCCGCCUGCCUGUGGUGUGGGAGGUGGUAGCAGGCAAGCCAGAAGCCCCCGUGGCACCCACUGGCCAGGUGGCACUGUGUGGCUUGCUCCUGGUUGACUGUGGCCCUCCAGAAGAGUGGCCCAUUGGGACUUUUCCCAGUAUAUUUAUGGGCCAAUCAGCCCUGCAGUCCCCCAUCCCACCACAAUUCAUUGAAGUUCUUUUGGCUUCAUUCAGAAACACUCAGGUGUUGUGAGGAACAAGGAAUCCCAAAAUUUGCUUUGAAUCUCAGAGGCAACUUAAGAUGCAUGGGCCAUCUGCAGUAUCUAAUUCCUUCCCAUGUGCGUGUGCCUGUUCUGCAUGCUCUCUCUCUCACACACACACACGCGCAUCCUCCACUUCCUUUCAGCGCUGUGCAUGGGAAGUGUCAUGUUUUGGCAGCUUCAAAGAAGCGGUCUUUCAGAGGCAUCCCACUAAGCUCCAGGUCCUUCUGCAGGCCUUGCCGUCUUGCGGCCUCCUGGAAGCCUCCUUUCUCGGGGCUGAGGACUGUGUGCCAUGCAUGCGCUUGGGGAAGAGGGCUGGAGGGAAGCACAGCCGUCAAGUUCCCCACUUCAGUUGCCACCAUCCAUGUGUGGCUGCCUCAUUCCACACACCAGAGCCACCCUCCAUUAUUCCCCAGAUCCUGACCUCAGCUUAUACAGGCAUAGAGAGACUGGCAAAGGGGCUUGUGGAACUGGAGAAUAGAACAGCAGAGGCCAAAUGUCUCUUGUGGGAAAACUGGAUUUUGCAACCCAGCUGCUCUUGUGCUCAGGCCUUUUCUCACAUUGCUGAUGAGCCAUGGCCAAAGGCUGGACUGGGACUGCAGUAAGGAAAAGGCAGAGGGCCUCAACCCUCUUCUGUUAGGCUCGCACCGUCUUAACUGCCAAGGCUUCCCUGGGAACUCUAGUGUGGAAGGGCUUGAUGUUUUCAGUUGGUUGCCCCCUCCCCAGUGCCUACAGAAAACCUUUGGUUCCCCAAGAAGAAGAAAUGCCUGAUGAGCCCAUGUAUGUACACGCUCUAGAGUCCUGCCCCUCUUGGCUACUGAAAUCCCAGAGUUCUGUCUGGGACCUCGAACAGGCACAGAUACGAUGGUUCUGACGUGACCUUUCCAUGUGUGUUAAAACCACGCAAGGCUCCUAAGAGCAAGGAGGCAUCUCUGGAGUGCAAAUGCUUCCUGAGGUAGCAAACAGCCAAUUGGAGCCAGAGAGAAAGAGCCAAGGGACAGAGCCUUCCCGCCAAGCCUGGCUUGAGAGCCCCUAUCUCAAGAAGAGGCAUUGAGGGGCUGGAACUUGUGGAGGAGGGCCCCCUGCCCAGGGUCCCGAGCACCUUCCCUCCUGCCCCCCGCUUCCCUCCCUCUUGCAGGUGAGAGGCUCCAGUGGCAGCGUGUAGAGUGUCCCCAGCCUUCCACCUGCUCAGGAGUGCAGAGCUGGGCCUAGCAUCUCACAGCAGCCUUGUCGUGGCCACAGAAGUUCAGCUGGAUUUGUCCCGAAGCAAACGUGCUCAGGACCACGGCUGCAGAAGGUGGCAUGCCAGUCACUUCUGCCAGAGUGGGCAGCCACUCCUGGCCUGUGGGAAAGCCACCAGACCUCAUUGAUGCUGCCGUCCCUGCCUUGAAACAGAAACGGCUGCCCAACCUCCAGGGUCAGCCCUGGACAGAAUGAAGAGACUCUUGUUUACUGGUGUAAGAAUUUUUUUCCUAAAGGACUGCUUUGUUUGUAUUCAUUGACCCAACCGUUGCUGCAAUUUAUAUUUGUGAAUAAGAAGGGAAGGUUUUUUAUUAUGGCAGCAAGAAUAUUGUACAUAUACCUUAGUUGAUUUUGCAGAAGCCGGGGUUUUUUAAGCAUAAUGGAGAAAAAUAAUAUGUAAAUUCCUUGAUUUAUUUGUGGUUCAGUUUCCUUUGCACUACCCUAAACUGGGGCUCGAGGGGAGGUGGCAGGUUGUUUAGAGAGCUGCAGGUGUUUGAGGGGUCGUUCAUAGCUGGGGGAAAUUCCAAAUUCAUUUGCAGUUGCUAGGAAUGCUGGAACUGGGAAACUGGGGCUUGGGCUGCUAAGGGGUGCCCUUCUACCACGCACAUGCUUUGUCACCCAACAGUUAAUUUACAGGAUGUCCAGGAAAUUCUCCACACAAAAAAUGCAAUGUAAUUCCCCCCCCCCCCCAACACACAAUUUUUACUGCAAAUAAACAUUUGCUCUUUUUUGGCAAAAGA